UCAGUCGAAUCAAAACAGAGGAGGGGAGGAAGCCGGUGGCCAGGAGCAGCAGCUGGAGUGGCUUCCCGAACAGCCGCAGCGUUCCGGAAGCUCCAGGCGGUCUUUUUACUGAGCCUUGGCCUGGAGGACCCCCGCAUCCUCCCCACCCCGUCGGUUGUGGUCUGGGCGGAUUUUAACAGUCAAGUUAAACGAAGCUGAGUAAUCAUGGCAGAAGGUGGAUUUGAUCCCUGUGAAUGUAUUUGCUCUCAUGAACAUGCGAUGAGAAGACUGAUCAGUCUGUUGAGGCAGUCCCAGUCCUACUGCACAGACACAGAAUGUCUUCAGGAAUUACCAGGACCUUCUGGUGAUAAUGGCACCAGUGUUACCAUGAUAUUGAUGGCCUGGAUGGUUAUUGCAGUGAUCCUGUUCCUACUGAGACCUCCUAACCUAAGAGGAUCCAGCUUAACUGGAAAGCCUCCUAGUCCUCAUAGUGGACAAGAUCCACCAGCUCCUCCUAUGGACUAACUUUGUGAUAAGGGAAGCAAAAAAUGUUAACACCGUGCGGGACCACAUGAACGAAAUGACCAGAGUACUCUUAACCGAAUCAGAACUGUUUUUCC